GCGCUGCCGCCUGACAGUUGCUCAGUCGGGUUGCGGCAGCCUCGUGCCGUGGCAGCGCGCGCGCCCCCUUCGGGCUGCCGAAGCCCCAGCGCUGCCGUCCCGAGGCGCCGCUCCAGCAGCGUCCGCGCCCCGCUGCCGCUUGGGCUGAACCGGGGCGCCCGGGCGGCGACCAUGCCGGUGCCCGGGCGGGGGAGGGAGCUAACGGGAGCGGCCGCCCUGCCAGAGCCGCGCAGCGCCCGCCGGCACAGGCGCCUGCCCCCCGCCUGAGCCCGCGCCCGGAGCCCGCACCAUGGACGAGCGGCUCCACAAGUGGCUCCUGCCGCCGCUGCUGACGCUGCUCUUCGUGCUCAUCAUGUACCAGUACGUGUCCCCGUCCUGCCCCGGCGCCGCCUGCCCGCGCCGCCGGCCCGCCGCGCACCGCGGGGCCCCGGCCUGGGACGCCCAGCCGCCGCCGGAGGAGGAGGGGGCGGCGGCGGCGCUGCCGCGGCUGGUGCCCAAGUUCCCGUUCGCGCGGGCCGAGCUGUGCCGCCGGGUGCAGUUCGACAUGCGGGGCCGCGACGUGAUCGUCUUCCUGCACAUCCAGAAAACGGGCGGCACCACCUUCGGGCGGCACCUGGUGCGCAACAUCCGCCUGGAGCAGCCCUGCUACUGCCGCGCCGGCCAGAAGAAAUGCACCUGCCACCGGCCCGGGGGGGACCAGGACACCUGGCUCUUCUCCCGCUUCUCCACGGGCUGGAGCUGCGGGCUGCACGCCGACUGGACCGAGCUCACCAGCUGCGUGCCCGCCGCCAUGGAGCGCAGGGGCUGCCCGGGCAACCGCACCCUCAGGAACUUCUAUUAUAUCACAAUGCUGAGGGAUCCAGUGUCACGGUAUUUGAGUGAAUGGAAACAUGUCCAGAGAGGUGCAACGUGGAAAACUUCCCUCCACAUGUGUGAUGGAAGAAGUCCAACGCCAGAUGAGCUGCCUACCUGUUACCUGGGGGAUGAUUGGUCUGGAGUCAGCUUGCAGGAGUUCAUGGAUUGUGGUUACAACCUGGCUAACAACCGCCAGGUUCGCAUGCUGGCAGACCUGAGCCUGGUUGGAUGUUACAACUUGACUUUUAUGAAUGAAAGUGAGAGAAAUAUGAUCCUUCUCCAAAGCGCCAAGAACAACCUGAAAAACAUGGCCUUUUUUGGACUCACAGAGUUUCAGAGGAAAACACAGUAUCUCUUUGAGAGAACAUUCAACCUUAAGUUCAUUUCCCCGUUCACCCAGUUCAAUAUUACCCGGGCCUCUAAUGUGGAUAUUAAUGAAGGUGCCCGGAAACGCAUAGAGGUGUUGAACUUCCUGGACAUGCAGCUUUAUGAAUAUGCUAAAGACCUCUUUCUGCAACGCUUUCAGUACUCCAAGCAAGAGGAGCACCAGAAGAACCGGCAAAAACGGCGGGAGGAGCGGAGGCUACUCCGGGAGCAAAGAGCUCACCAGUGGCAGAAGGAAGAAGCAGCAGCAGAAACAGCUGUUACUGAAGAUUAUAACAGUCAGGUGGAGCGAUGGUGACACUUUUCAUUCUUAGACAAAUAAAAGAAAAGAGAAUUGAAAAAACUGAUAAUUUCUUGAACUUGGUUACUCAGAGAUUACACAAGGAACGAAUGUUGCCUUGGUAAAUGAGACUGAGUCUGACAGCUGCCCUUCUUUGUGUUAGUUUUUCUUAGUUUCUAUCAGCUAGGAGAAUAUAUAUAUUUUUGUGUUUCUCAAUGCAUCUUAUAUCAGUGUUAUUAACUGGCAGUGGAAUAGAUUCUUAUCCAAUACUGACUUCUUUCAAAGGCCUAGGCGAUGAGAGUGGCUGGAAAAGAUAGCUUUUUUUUUUCUUUUUCCAUUAACAGAUGUACUCUAUACAGUUUGAGCAGCUGAAACUUGUGAUGACAUGAAUCAAAAAUCAGAGAACCACUGAGCUGCUGACGCGGGUGUAUUUCAUGCUGUCCUGUAUAGCUGUGUUAUGUAUUGAGUGCAACAGAGAAAACCAUGUUGCCCUUCAGAUGGUUACACGCAGUGUUUUAAGUAAGAAAAAGAAAAUACUAAAUGUGAUUAAAUUACAUGUAAGACUAGGUGACACAUGGGGCUGAAACUAUUUUUUUCAUUUCUGAAAGCUUGUAGUCAGAGGUGAUUUAUAAGUGAAAUGAGUUAUAUGGUCUCAACCUAAUCCCUGUGUAUCACCGAAACCUGCUAGUAAGGAGACUCCAUUCUGAGCGAGCCUGGCAAAUGAAUGUCAUAAGUACUACUGCUGAGAAAUAAGAUCCAUUCUGUAGAACUUCCCCCUUCUGGGGAAGCUCACACAGGCCUGUUCACCCUAUCUGGGUGGAGGUAACAAUGUCAGCUUUGACUUUUGUGAAAGGUGAAAUCCACAAAGGGCGUGGAAUUAAGAAAGGCAAGAAAAAGAGUGGAAAAAGCUUAAGUAUUAGUACACUUUCCUAAUCUGUUAUAAGGGCUCUGUUCAUAAAGGUACAUUUAAAUUAUGAGAACAGAACUAACAUGAUUUUAUUACCAGACACAAUAGUGGCCAGGAUCCAUAGAAUUGUGCACUUAAAGCAGUGGUCUGCAAACUUUUGAGGGUCGCGCCCCCUCUUACCCCGUCUGCACCCCCACCCCAAAGCCGGGGCUAUGGCUGGGAGAGGACGGGGAUGCAGACAGGGGUAAAGAGUCGAGGCUGGGGCCACAGCUGGGGGAGGUCUGGGGCCAGGAGCAGGGCUGGGGAUGGAGCCGCGGCCAGGGGCCAAGGCUGGGGGCAGGGGCAGGAGUGGAGCCACUGCAGUGGAGGCCAGCAGCCGGGCCUGCAGCCAGGUGCAGCUCCAACCCCACCCACAGCCUUGGCCCCGCGCUGACAACAGAGCCAUGGCCAGGGGCCGAGGGCGGGGCAGGCGCUGGGCCAGAAAAUGGGGAUGUGGCUUUUGGCAGGACCAGAGUAGAGCUAAGGGCAAAGAGUGGCUGGGUGGCACUCCCGCCCUGCCCCCUGUGGGGGCUGGCCUAGGCCCCACCAUGACCCCCUGAAGAUUCCUCUAUGCUGCUUUAGGGGGGCGUGCCCCACAGUUUGGGGACCUCUGACUUAAAGGAUACACAAUGGGUGUGUGGACAAACACAGAAAUUUGUUACUAAUAUUAGUGGACUGAUCUUCUGUGCAUCAUGUUGCAAAUAUAUUUAUGCCAAGGCUGAAUGUGAAGAUAUUCUUCAACUCUAUCCAUUCCAGACCAUGCAGCUCUUUAUCUGUUUUUCUACUUUGACUAGAAAAAGAGUCCCAAUGAUGGGUUCUUUCUCCAAGCUUUAGGUUAUUAUGAUUAAACGGCAUCCACUUCAGAUUUCUUUUUCUGAUUUGUAAAAAGAGGGUAUUAUACUUUUUAGAUCCCUAUUAUCAAAACCAUAUUUUUCCCCUUCUAGCAUAAAUCUAAUUUAUUAAAAGCCACAUUUUGAAAUUGGCCUCCACAUGCCUGCUAAACCUAUGUGCCCCAACAGUUUACAUGUAUGAAUGACUUUUGCCCAACCAGAUUCGCUAAUUAGAUGUUAAAUUGCCUGAUUUUGGUGCACAAAUAUUUGUGCUUGCAGAUUUUAGUUUUGGGGCCAGCAAAGGAAAAUUUACCCAAAAAUAUGAUACACUCUGUUUUUGAAAAUUAUUCACUACAUAUUUCCUAAUUUUCUCAUAUUUUUAAGGCAUGCUACUUUUUUGACAAAGAGUGUUAUUUGUAGUUAUCAUAUACACGAUAGGAAAAAGACAAAUCUCAUGGCAUGAUUGGUUGUUCAGUGAGUACAAGAACGUAUUAAACAUGAAGGAGACUAACAAGCUCCUCUGGGGCUGUUCCAGGCAAACAAGACACACCCGCAAGACUCGCUCAGCCUGUGGGGGGUGGGACUUAAAAAGGGGGAAUUUACCACAGAAUGAGGUGGUGAACAGGAAGAAGGUUGCUUGCCCAGCGACUGCUGGCAAUAGAGGGAGUCUAGCCAAGGAGGCGACAGCUGUGAGACGCGCUGCUCCUCAAGCCGCCCUGACUGAAGGUAAAGCAACACGCCCCAGGAAGACGGGUAGAAGGUAAAUCCCGUAAAGGGGCAAUAGACUCUGAGAGACUGAGCCCUUAGAGCUGAGUCUCCAGGGGCUGCCUGAGAGGCUGGUCUUUGUUCCAGCCAGACCUUCCCCUCUUGCCAGGGGAAGGGAAGAACAGGCGCCAGUCACCAGCCUGUGAGCUGUAACCGACAGAGAAAUUCCUCAAGGCUGCCAACUGGGAGAGAAGAGAGGUUAAAUGAUGCCCUGUGGCUCCUGGGGUGGUCCAGGGAGCCCACUGCCCCCACAGUUGGUUUGGCCCAGUUGAAUGCAGGGAGGAAUUAUAUCGAUUGUUGUGUGUGGGUGCUGGUGAAUUGGUGGCAAGAGGGGUGACUGUAGUGUGGAAGGGAGGGUAGAGAUAGCUCGGAGAGGCAGAGGUUGGUACUACAAGAGAGCAAUAAGGGGGUCACAGAGAUAAUCACAGUUGUCUCCCAAUUUGCCCUUUACUGUAAAGCAUACCUCAUUUUUCAUUCUGAAAAUGGGAGGUCCCUCUUUCUUCUCACGUCCCUGCUGUCCUCCUUAACACACAACAAAACUCUUCCUUGCACACCCCUGUCCCUCAAGGCCACGGUGGCUUGGUUUUUCAUUUUUGAAAAUAUUAUCUUUGUAUGGAAUGGGGGAGAGACGCUGGGAGACUGGUGAGACUGCAGGUAGCAAUCACUUUGGGAGCCAGGUGCCUGCUGCCACUGCCUGGGGACAGCAGCUGCCCUCCUUCCGUUUGACACAAAACAACUUCUGAUGGACAAAAUGAAAACAAAUUAGUGGGGGGGGGGAGGAAGAGUUAAAAAUUAACUGUUUGGUAACACAUCAAUACUGUGCCUAACCCUGUAGUCAGU